UUAUUUCAGCUGCAGCAGUCAACAUCGACCAGCCAAGUUUAUCGUUAAGCUUUCCAAGCAUAUCCUCCACUUUUACUGCACUUCUCGUAUUUCCUUUUCCCCUUCGUCACUUCUACCACGUUAUUAACAACGAGGGAAGACGAUUUGUGGCAGGCAGCGAUGGUAGCGUAGACAGCGCAAUCGGAAUUGGUGAAUUUAUUUCUUCAUGUAGUUGGUGUCUCUCAGCGCCUGCGCACCUACCGCACGCUAUCACCGUACCGCGUCUUCCGUUUGGGGGCGAUCGCGUGCAAUCUGUAUCGUGUCCGGGUAACAAGCAACAGGUGCCAGCGCUGGCCAACUGCUUUGGUCGGCGUUCCGUGGCGACGGCACGGGACAGUGUUAUGGCGACGGGAUGAAGGAGUGUGACGCGACAGACGCAUCUAACGAUUACCGAUAGCCGAUAGGACAUCGAGUCGUCCUUUUCCCCGAUGCGCAGCCUGCCCUACCACUCGCUGUCGCCGGUGGGCGGCCGCUUCCAAGCGCCGGACCCCGACGGCGACAUGGCCCGCGUGCGGCGCCACUGCUACGUCGUGCUCCUCGUGCUGGGCCUCUUCGUCCUCCUCAUCCUGCUCCUCAGCUCCCACGGCCUGCACAGCAUGCUCCACCCCCUCGCCGCGCCGCGGCCCGCCCCCAUCAUCCUGGUGUGGGACCGCCAGAGCCGUUUACUCGACUACAAACCCUACCGCGAGCGCGCCGAGAUCGUCAGGAAACGGCUGCCCUGCGGCUGCGACCUCACCUCCGAGCCCAACGCCUGGAAGCUGGCCGACGCCGUCCUGGUCAACGCCUUCUAUCUGCGCCGCAUCAACGACCUCUCCCACUUCUUCCCCAAACGACGCCACGCCCGCCAGUUGUGGGUCUUCUACAUGCUGGAGCCGGCGCAGCUGACCGGCGACAACCGCGACGCCGCCGUCUUCGCGCAGCUGAAUAACCAGUUCAACCUGACCAUGACCUACCGGCAGGACUCGGACAUUCCCAUCGGCUACGGAUUGAUCCGCCCCUACUACGUCGACGAUGAGACCGCCAGCAGCCCGCCGGCGCCGCUGUACGAGGACUACACCCGCGGCAAGACGCACCUCGUCGCCUGGUUCGCCAGCAACUGCCAGGCCAAGUCCGGCCGGCUGGACUAUGUCCGCGAGCUGCAAAAGUACCUGCCGGUGGAUAUCUACGGGGCCUGCGGCAACCUGCGCUGCCCCAACGCCACCGUUAAAGACUGCAACCAGCUGUUGACGGAACGUUACAAAUUUUAUCUGUCUUUCGAGUCGAUGCUGUGCCGCGACUACAUCACCGAGAAAUUCUUCAAUCCCAUGCAACAGAUCGUGGUGCCGGUGGUGUUGAGCGGCGCCAACUACAGCAGCGUGCACGCGCCCGCCGGCUCCUACAUCGACGUGCGCGACUUCCCCAGCGUCAAGGCCCUGGCGGACUACCUGCUCUUCCUGGACAGCAACCCCGCGGCCUACAACGCCUACUUCGCGUGGAAGGCGCGCCUCAAGGUGGAGCGGCGCGGCGUGUACUCGGGCCACCUGUGCCAGCUGUGCGACCGGCUGAACGGCCACGGCCACGGCCACGCCCAGGCCGGCCGCCAGCCCACCUCCUUCUACCCCGACCUGCUGCAGUGGUGGCACGCCGAGGCGCAGUGCCGGCGCGGCCGCAUCCGCAACGGCACCUGGACAACGACGGACUGAAUCCGCUGUGAUAACUCCCCGAAUCGAAGCAAUCGACCUCCGUGCCUUGCCUCGCCUUGCCGGCCUCUUUUCUCUGCCUCUCUCGUACUCCCACCGCGCUGGACAAGCUCUUGUUGACGCGCUAGUUGGGCUAAUCUUCCCUGUAUUUUCUCCGUUUACAAAUGCUCGUAGAAAUUGCUUUUAUAAUCGCGAUUCUUCCUGUGUACCGGCGCGGCUGACUGCGCCGCUGUUGCCGUGCAGCGUCGUUGAUUAAGAGUUUUACAAUGGAUUGAACGAGAUUCACGGCACAUCAUGCGUACACGUUUUGCGCUGCCAUUAAUUACGCUAAUGGUGGUUUGUAUUUGUCAAUGGGACUUACGCGUCGCAGUAGGGGAACUUGUUGUAGCCCUUGUAGUUCUUC